AUGGCCUUGCGCGCGGGUCUGGAACGCGCGUUGCGGCCCAGCAGUGCGGUCGAGGAGCUCUGUGGUUGGAAACUUUUCUUCCUGGCACCCCGCAUGCUGCUGCACCGCGCAUUUGGGGAAGCCCGUGUCGAGCCCCGGGAGCUGACCCAGCGUUGCGACAUGUGGUCUACGCGCAUUGGGUGGGGAUGGCGACAGCGCCCGGUAAUGAUGCAGCCACAGCCCCGCAGCUGCGCUCCGCAUAUUCCACCAUCGGAAGGCGAUGGUGCGUGGAACAUGUUGUUCACGCUGUUGGAAACCUGCUUUCAAAAGUAUUGUGCGACCCCACUUGAGGAAAUCGAAUUCCGGCGCUUGCAGUUUGGUGCGUUGCUUCUUGCAUUGUUUGCGGUCGAAGUGCUGCGAUUGGUGGUCGGGCAAUUGCUGUUCAUUCCCGGCCUCCUGGUUUGUUUGGUUGGGAACAGGGCUCGAUGUUCACUACGCCCCUGGGAUCUUACACUCUUCAUGGUUCUCGCUGCCGCUGUCGCUAUCAUGGACUCUGUGAACCUCGCUGCUGGGUUUCGAGGAGGCUUCCCAGAAAUUGCCGAACGCCUCAGGUUGCCAUCCUGCCAGCGCGUGGGCUCAAUCGGAGACCUUCUCGCACCAAUGCUUGAAUUGUGCUGCCUGAAGGUAGCUUCCGCUUCAUAUCUCAAGGCCGAGCACUUGAUCGUUGAUGCGCACCGCAUGCGUAGUGGGUAUGCCUCCUCACAGAGGCGAAUGGGGAAGAGAGGUUGA